CUUGAUGAUACAGCAACAUAUCGUAGAUUAACCUAUGAUCCUAUACAUAAAUUUCAAAAAAUCAUUGAGGAACAUAUAAAUUUUGGAUUACACGCAGGCUAUUUGGAUCAGAGGACAGCAGCAUAUCUCCAUGUACCGUUUCCUAGGCAUCCCGUGCUCUAUACACUCCCGAAGUUGCAUAAAGAUUCCACGAACCCACCGGGCCGGCCUAUUGUGUCCGCAAACGAAG